GACAGCCAGACAGACAGCCAGACAGCGCCGGGGUCGCGGCCGGGCCGCCUGCCGCCCGUGCCCGGGCGAUGGUGCCGGCGCCCGGGAGCGCCCUGCUCGCCGCGCUGCUCGCCGCCGGGCUGGCCGCGGGCAGCUCGAGAACUCGUGGGCAGCUGGGGGCUGUGAGCCAGCCUGGGGUGUGCCGCUACGGCUCCAGGUUGGAUUGCUGUCCUGGCUGGAGAAAGAACAAGGGCCACUGCGAAGCUACCUGUGGACAUGGUUGCAAGCAUGGCGAGUGCAUGGGACCAAACAAAUGCAAAUGUUUCCCUGGAUUUACAGGGAAAUCCUGUAAUCAAGAUCUGAACGAAUGUGGACUGAAGCCACGUCCCUGUGAGCACAGAUGUAUGAACACACAUGGCAGCUACAAGUGCUAUUGUCUCAACGGGUACAUGCUCAUGCCAGAUGGCACAUGUGCAAGUUCUGGGACAUGUGCCAUGGUGAAUUGCCAGUAUGGAUGUGAAGAAGUCAAAGGGCAGGUGCAGUGUCUCUGUCCAUCAGGUGGCCUUCAGCUGGGACCAAAUGGAAGGACAUGCAUUGACAUUGAUGAAUGCUCCACUGGCAAAGCUGUCUGCUCGUACAACCGCAGAUGUGUCAACACGUUUGGAAGCUUCUACUGCAAGUGCCAGCUGGGAUAUGAACUGAAAUACACCAGCGGCCGCUACAACUGUGCAGAUGUAAAUGAAUGUGUGACAAACACACACAGGUGCAACCUCCAUGCAGAGUGCCUCAACACCCCAGGAUCCUUCCAGUGCAAAUGUAAGCAGGGCUACCGAGGCAGUGGAUUUGAUUGUGCUGUUAUCCCUGAAAAGUCAGUGAAGGAAAUCGCAAGAGGCCCUGGAAGAGCUAAGGACACAAUUAAGAAACUUCUUGCACAAAAAAGCAGUGUGAAAAAGCAUAAAACAGUCAAGAAUGCAAUCCCAGAAGCAGCUGUGACCCCACCUUCUAAGACCCACUUGCAGUUGCUGGACUAUGAAGGUGGUAUUGAUCUUGGUGGGAGCUACAGUGAGGAAGAGAAAGAAACUGCAGCUGCUGCAGAAGAGGAGGCUGAUGAGUCAGAUGAAGAGCAGAAGGAAGUUUUUGAAAAUCAAAUUGAUGAACGAAGCCUUAGAGGGGAUGUCUUUUCUCCCAAGGUAAAAGAAGCAGCUGCCUUUGGCCCUCACCUGGCACAGAGGAAAAUUCCAGUGUCAAGACCAGAGCAAGAAGUUGAUUGCAGCUUCAGUCGAGGGGUUUGUGACUGGAAGCAAGAUGCUGAUGAUGACUUUGACUGGAAUCCUGCUGAUCGAGAUAGAGGUGAUGGCUACUACAUGGCAGUUCCAGCUUUUGUGGGGCACAAGAACGAUGUGGGGCGUUUAAAACUUCUCCUCACUGACCUCAAACCAAAGAGCAUCUACUGCCUGAUUUUCAGUUAUCGGCUUGCUGGUGAGAAAGUGGGAAAGCUUCGAGUGUUCCUGGCAAACAAAAAAACUGCUCCUGUCUGGGAAGAGAACAAAGAAAAAGAUGAAAAAUGGAGAACUGGAAAAAUAGAGAUAUUUCAGGGGGCUGAAACAACCAACAGUGUCACUUUUGAAUCAGAACGUGGGAAGGGUAAAACUGGAGAAAUUGGAGUGGACAAUGUUAUACUACUUUCUGGUCCAUGCCCAGAAGAUACCUGA